CCCACCUCCUUUUCCCUGUGCCUGGGGUCAGCCCAAGAGCCUGGCCUCAGGAGGCAGCCAGGUCGCCCCGCCCCUCCCACCAGGCCACACCGCCCCUGGAGGGGCACCUGCGCCUGUGCGCAGGGGCCCGUGUUGGCUCCUCCCUGGCCAGGCCAUGCUGAGGCUGAGCAGACCCUCCCAGGCCGGCUCGGGCCCCAGCCCUGGCCCAGGGCUCAGCCUCAGUAGGCAGGAGGCCAGCAGGGGCUUGAGCUCCUCCCUGGACCGGCCCAGGCCCCGGGACUUCAUCUGGGCCGGACCAGCUUUUCCCAAGCCUCAUGGCGGGAUGCGGAGCCGCCCAGGCCUGGUCCUGGUCUCCUCUGAGCCAGGAGGGAGCCAGACCAUUUGUCUUCAUGCCCGGGAGAGCCCAGAGGGGCCGGACCCGAGCCCUGGCCGGGGCUCCUGCUGUGAUUUCUUGUUUAGUGGCUUUUUGUUACUGCAGUCCCUUCUCUGGCUCACUUUACAGAUGGGGAAACUGAGGCCAACGGGGUGAAGAGCCUGGGCCAGGGUCACACAGCCAGUCAGUGUCUGAGCCGGAUUGGACAAAUGCAAGAGCGGUCUUCCUGACUCCAGGCCUGGCUGCCCCAGCCGUGGUUCCAGCGGCAGAUCUGGGGUCUCAGAGCCUUGGCCCUCCCCGUGGGAGGGGGCGCGCAAAGACAUGGAAGAAGAGGAAAGGAAUUCUGGGCUCCCAGUAGCCCGGUCCCAGGAGUUGGUGACCUUCAAGGAUGUGGCUGUGGAUUUCACCCCAGAGGAGUGGGGCCUCUUGGACCAUUCUCAGAAAGAGCUGCACAAGGAGGUCAUGCUGGAGAAUGCCCAGAACCUGCUCUCUGUGGUCCAGAUGUUGGGAAAGGAAGAGAAUGGAAUAAGCAUCCAUAAUGGAAUAAGCAGUCUUGCUGCACAUCAGAGAAUCCACACUGGAGAGAAAACUUACGCAUGUAAACAGUAUGGAAAGACUUUCACACACAGCUCUAGUCUUGCUGCACAUCAGGGAAUCCACACUGCAAAGAAACAUUAGGAGUAUAACCAAUAUGACUUAAUAAGACCUUCAGGCCAUAAUCUUUUAUUUCUCAUCUGAGACUUGGGACUCUACCUGCCAAGAGAAACCCUGAAACUAUAUGAACACAUUAACAAAACACUUUUAAUACGAAUAAAAACAGAUUUAAACAGUUGGAAAAAUGAUUGCUCAUGUGUAGCCCAAUGCAGUAUAAUAAAAAUGACAAUUCUAACUACAUUAGUUUAGUCAUUCAAUGCCAUACUGAUGAAAG